AUGUGCGCAGCCGUCUCGUUUGGAUGGAUCAUGUGCGCAGCCGUCUCGUUUGGAUGGAUCAUGUGCGCAGCCGUCUCGUUUGGAUGGAUCAUGUGCGCAGCCGUCUCGUUUGGAUGGAUCAUGUGCGCAGCCGUCUUGUUUGGAUGGAUCAUGUGCGCAGCCGUCUCGUUUGGAUGGAUCAUGUGCGCAGCCGUCUCGUUUGGAUGGAUCAUGUGCGCAGCCGUCUCGUUUGGAUGGAUCAUGUGCGCAGCCGUCUCGUUUGGAUGGAUCAUGUGCGCAGCCGUCUCGUUUGGAUGGAUCAUGUGCGCAGCCGUCUCGUUUGGAUGGAUCAUGUGCGCAGCCGUCUCGUUUGGAUGGAUCAUGUGCGCAGCCGUCUCGUUUGGAUGGAUCAUGUGCGCAGCCGUCUCGUUUGGAUGGAUCAUGUGCGCAGCCGUCUCGUUUGGAUGGAUCAUGUGCGCAGCCGUCUCGUUUGGAUGGAUCAUGUGCGCAGCCGUCUCGUUUGGAUGGAUCAUGUGCGCAGCCGUCUCGUUUGGUUGGAUCAUGUGCGCAGCCGUCUCGUUUGGAUGGAUCAUGUGCGCAGCCGUCUCGUUUGGAUGGAUCAUGUGCGCAGCCGUCUCGUUUGGAUGGAUCAUGUGCGCAGCCGUCUCGUUUGGAUGGAUCAUGUGCGCAGCCGUCUCGUUUGGAUGGAUCAUGUGCGCAGCCGUCUCGUUUGGAUGGAUCAUGUGCGCAGCCGUCUCGUUUGGAUGGAUCAUGUGCGCAGCCGUCUUGUUUGGAUGGAUCAUGUGCGCAGCCGUCUCGUUUGGAUGGAUCAUGUGCGCAGCCGUCUCGUUUGGAUGGAUCAUGUGCGCAGCCGUCUCGUUUGGAUGGAUCAUGUGCGCAGCCGUCUCGUUUGGAUGGAUCAUGUGCGCAGCCGUCUCGUUUGGAUGGAUCAUGUGCGCAGCCGUCUCGUUUGGAUGGAUCAUGUGCUCAGCCGUCUCGUUUGGAUGGAUCAUGUGCGCAGCCGUCUCGUUUGGAUGGAUCAUGUGCGCAGCCGUCUCGUUUGGAUGGAUCAUGUGCGCAGCCGUCUCGUUUGGAUGGAUCAUGUGCGCAGCCGUCUCGUUUGGAUGGAUCAUGUGCGCAGCCGUCUCGUUUGGAUGGAUCAUGUGCGCAGCCGUCUCGUUUGGAUGGAUCAUGUGCGCAGCCGUCUCGUUUGGAUGGAUCAUGUGCGCAGCCGUCUCGUUUGGAUGGAUCAUGUGCGCAGCCGUCUCGUUUGCAUGGAUCAUGUGCGCAGCCGUCUCGUUUGGAUGGAUCAUGUGCGCAGCCGUCUCGUUUGGAUGGAUCAUGUGCGCAGCCGUCUCGUUUGGAUGGAUCAUGUGCGCAGCCGUCUCGUUUGGAUGGAUCAUGUGCGCAGCCGUCUCGUUUGGAUGGAUCAUGUGCGCAGCCGUCUCGUUUGGAUGGAUCAUGUGCGCAGCCGUCUCGUUUGGAUGGAUCAUGUGCGCAGCCGUCUCGUUUGGAUGGAUCAUGUGCGCAGCCGUCUCGUUUGGAUGGAUCAUGUGCGCAGCCGUCUCGUUUGGAUGGAUCAUGUGCGCAGCCGUCUCGUUUGGAUGGAUCAUGUGCGCAGCCGUCUCGUUUGGAUGGAUCAUGUGCGCGGCCGUCUCGUUUGGAUGGAUCAUGUGCGCAGCCGUCUCGUUUGGAUGGAUCAUGUGCGCGGCCGUCUCGUUUGGAUGGAUCAUGUGCGCAGCCGUCUCGUUUGGAUGGAUCAUGUGCGCAGCCGUCUCGUUUGGAGGGAUCAUGUGCGCAGCCGUCUCGUUUAGAUGGAUCAUGUGCGCAGCCGUCUCGUUUGGAUGGAUCAUGUGCGCAGCCGUCUCGUUUGGAUGGAUCAUGUGCGCAGCCGUCUCGUUUGGAUGGAUCAUGUGCGCAGCCGUCUCGUUUGGAUGGAUCAUGUGCGCAGCCGUCUCGUUUGGAUGGAUCAUGUGCGCAGCCGUCUCGUUUGGAUGGAUCAUGUGCGCAGCCGUCUCGUUUGGAUGGAUCAUGUGCGCAGCCGUCUUGUUUGGAUGGAUCAUGUGCGCAGCCGUCUCGUUUGGAUGGAUCAUGUGCGCAGCCGUCUCGUUUGGAUGGAUCAUGUGCGCAGCCGUCUCGUUUGGAUGGAUCAUGUGCGCGGCCGUCUCGUUUGGAUGGAUCAUGUGCGCGGCCGUCUCGUUUGGAUGGAUCAUGUGCACGGCCGUCUCGUUUGGAUGGAUCAUGUGCGCGGCCGUCUCGUUUGGAUGGAUCAUGUGCGCAGCCGUCUCGUUUGGAUGGAUCAUGUGCGCAGCCGUCUCGUUUGGAUGGAUCAUGUGCGCAGCCGUCUCGUUUGGAUGGAUCAUGUGCGCAGCCGUCUCGUUUGGAUGGAUCAUGUGCGCAGCCGUCUCGUUUGGAUGGAUCAUGUGCGCAGCCGUCUCGUUUGGAUGGAUCAUGUGCGCAGCCGUCUCGUUUGGAUGGAUCAUGUACGCACCCUGGCUUGCAGUGUCUCCUCGUCACCUGGCAGGUCCUCGUCACCUGGCAGGUCCUCGUCACCUGGCAAAUCCUCGUCACUCAUCAUAUGCGGGUGGUUGCACACCACUGUGUUGCAGGGUGUUGUUGACAACUCUCAAAAACACAUUGCUCACCGCUGUACCUGCCAGCUCCCCCACACUUGUAAGGAGUCCGUAA